AGCUGAGAAUAAAGUAGAUUCAAUGUAUAACGUGUUUACGGUGUGAACGGGUGUUUCUAUAGAGCAGCGGAUUAAAGACAAAAUAACAAAGAAAAUUGUAAAAUAUAAAAAUCCCAGCAAGUGAGCUCAUACUGAACUGAAUUCAAACACCGAAAAAUUUAUAUUCAGUACAAUAUUAAAAAUUUAUAACGAACAAAAAUGUUCAGCUCUUUCACAGACAGCUCUAAAUCCUCAUUAAAAGGUCUGGGCGACAAGACCACCAAUCUUUUCAGCAAGAAGAAAGAUGAAGCCGAAAAAUUAGCGAAAGAAAAAGUGGAAAAUGCCCAGAAAUUGGCCGAAGAACAAGCCAAAAAAGUGGGACAGGCAGUGCAGCAAACCAAAAGUGAAGCAGAGGAUUUGGCCGUUGGUACUGCUAGAGAAGCAGUUGAUUUGGCGGCUACUGAGGCCCAGAAGGCCGGGGAAAUUGUGGGUCAAGGAGUUAAUAAGGCGACUUCUGUCGUAGAUAACUCCAAAAAUACUCUUGACAAUACCGUCCAUCAAGCGCAUGUAGUGGCGGCCAAUACCAAGCAAAUGGCUGCAAAUAUCGCGGACGCUUCUCAACAGGCAGCAGUUAACGCUGUAGAUCAAACAAAAAAGGCGGCAAAUGAAGCUAUUAACAAAUCGGUUAAAGCUGCUGAGCAAGUUGUGGAUCAAAAAAUGAAAGAAGCUGAAGGCGUAGUAGAUGGCGCUGUGAAGGCUACCAGCCAGGCGGUUGAUCACAAAAUGCAAGAAGCUAAUCAAUUCGUUGAUCAAAAGAGGGAAAACUUGGAAAAGACAAUUCAUGGAGCCGCUUCGCAUGCCCAGGAAUCCGCAAGCCAACAGGCAACUAAUUUGUUGGGGAAAUUGCACUUGGGUAAAUAAAUUACUAAAGAAGUAUUUUAAGCUAAACUGCGAAUACGAAACAGAUUCUUAUUUGAUAAUGCAAUUUUUACUAACAAAAUCAAAUUACUAAAGAACACAUAGCUUUCAUUUAAAAUUAAGUGCCAGAUAUCGUUUAAAACAAAAGAUAUACAAAAAAAUCGAAAAUAAAGAUGAAAAAAGUUGAUCAAAAGUUGGAAAAUGUUACGAUAUUUGAAUAGUUAGUCAAACUCUUAGCACCGGCUUCAAAAUGAAAUUAUACGACUCUAAUUCAAAUUCGUUAUAACUUAUUUGUGAAUCAAGUUAACGAUGGUGUAUAUUAGUAGCUAAUUCACACGCGCAAAUGCACAUUGAUCUUAACGCAUAUGUAGUUUAUAAGAUGUAGAAAUUGUUGAAAAUUUGCAAAAUUUUGUAAAGCAUAUUGAGAGGUUCACGGAAAAUGUAUAUGUAUGUGUAU